GGAAAUGUUACGUUAACGCGAUUCUAUAUAAACUAGUUUCGGAAUCUCUCGCCUCAACACCCACGUUAUUGUGUCCGCUUCACUGCUUUGAGCACAUAUUGGGUUGAACUGGAAUUGGAUCUGGAUUUCGUAGAAAAUAAGGUACGAAGGUCGAGUUACAGCCUCAGUCGGUGCACAUAUUAGGAAAUAUCGGAUCACACCAACCAUUCAGGCUACACAACAAGACCAAUAUGAGCUGACCUACAUGGUCUAGGUCAGUUCAUAUUGGUCUGACACCACAAUGGGGAGUCAGAGGAACGGUUUCAAGAAGGAAAGCUUCAUUUUGUCGGUGGACGUCGGUACAACGUCUAUCAGGUGUCACGUCUAUGACAAGGAGGCAAAAAUCCGAGGAUCAUGCACCACCAAGGUAGUUCCCCUGUAUCCAGAGGUGGGACACGUGGAGAUGGACCCAGAUGCACUAUGGAAGGGGUUUAUUACAGUGGUCAAGGGAGCUGUUCAAGAUACAGGAGUACACAUGCAUCAAAUAGAGGCCCUUGGCAUCUCUACUCAACGAAGCACCUUCACAACAUGGGAUAGGAGAACUGGGGUUCCUUUCCAUAAUUUCAUCAGCUGGCAGGACCAGAGAGCUGCAGACCUGGUGAAGUCCUGGAACAGAUCAUGCACCAUGAAAGCAAUCCAUGGCGUGAUGAAGGUGCUUUACUUCCUGACCAGGCAGAAACGGUCCCUUGCAGCGAGUCUUAUUGUCUUCACCACCCAACAUGUCACCUUCCGCCUCGUUUGGGCCCUUACACACUACAAGCAGGUUCGUCAAGCAGUAGCUGAAGGCAACUGCUGCUUUGGAACAAUGGACACCUGGCUCCUGUUCAAACUCACAAAAGGAUUUGUCCAUGCUACAGACUACUCUAAUGCCAGUGCAACAGGGAUCUUUGACUCUUACCAGAUGUGUUGGAGUAGCUUCCUCUGCUCUCUUGUUUCUCUGCCUCUCUCUAUUUUCCCCAAAGUAGAAAAUACAGGUCAUCACUUUGGUUCCAUAGACCCGUCUAUCUUCGGAGUAUCCAUUCCCAUCAUGUCAGUGAUGGCGGACCAGCAGGCAGCCAUGUUUGGAGAGUGCUGCUUUGAUGUAGGUGAUGUCAAGAUCACCAUGGGAACAGGUACCUUCAUGAACAUCAACACCGGCAACAAACCGCACACGUCUGUAACAGGUCUGUAUCCUGUGGUUGGGUGGAAGAUCGGCUCAGAGGUGGUGUAUCUGGCUGAGGGCAACGCAGCAGACACUGGCACUGCCAUCAAAUGGGCAGAGAAGCUGGAGCUCUUCUCUGAUGUCCGGGAUACCAGCGCUAUGGCUUACAGUGUCAGUGACUCAGACGGAGUGUGUUUUGUCCCUUCAUUCAGUGGCCUGCAGGCUCCUCUAAACGACCCUAAAGCUUGUGCUUCCCUCAUGGGCCUCAAACCCUCCACCACCAAAUGUCAUCUGGUCCGUGCCAUUCUGGAGUCUGUCGCCUUCAGAAACAUGCAGCUGUAUGAGACGAUGCUAAAAGAAACUCACAUUCCUAUCACAAAGAUCAGGGUGGAUGGGGGGGUUUCUUCAAAUGACUUCAUCAUGCAGCUCACUGCAGACCUUUUUGGUAGAAAGGUAGCCAGACCACAGCAUAAUGAAAUGUCGUGUCUGGGGGCUGCUUUUGUUGCUGGACUUGGAGUGGGCUUCUGGAGAACCCGGGAAGAGUUGAAGAAACUGCAGAGCAGCGACGAGUUGUUCACCCCCCGUGAAGUACACAAGGAAGAUGCUGGUAGCCCAAGACGGGAGUACACCGCCGUCCUCCAGAGCUGGGAGAGAGCUCUCCGACGAUCCAUGAAUUGGUAUAAGCCUUAACACUGGACGCACACUGGACAGAGGAUGAAGACAUGACUUCUGAGUACAUGUGAAAGCAGAUGGUCCUUUUUCAAGCACAAUGACGGUUUAAAGACACAACAAGCAUCAGUUGUGUUUCUGAAUCAAUUUUUAAUGAAUUGUUUAAUUUUUUUGUGAA